AACUCUUGUAAGCUUAUGAGACUCGGGGAACUCGCCGCCACCCACUCUGUUGCAGCCAGUUCAACACUUGGAGAGAAAGUUGCGCCGGGUGCUGCUUGGAUUAACAGGCGGGCAGGAAUCUCACACAGGCAGAUAGACUAGAACAGCCUUGUGUGUAUGUGAGUGUGUGUGAGAGAGAGAGAUUCAGACUUGAUUUACAGCCUUAAACCAACGCUGUACUCCUGCUGAACCUUGCUUCCCGUUUCAACGCUGUUGCAACGCGAGGUGUCAAUUUCCCUGUCAAUUUCACCGGGGACGAGGAUGCAACUGCGGCUGCUGCUCGGUUUGGUCGCCCUCUUCCACUCCCUCCCCGUCUCCUGGCCAAUGUCCACCUGCAAGACCAUUGACAUGGAACAGAUUCGCAAGAAGCGGAUCGAGGCCAUCAGGGGCCAGAUCCUGAGCAAGCUCAAACUCUCCAGCACCCCCGAGGCUGAGCAGGUGACGGUGACCAAGGAGGCGAUGGGCCUGUACAACAGCACCAAGGAAUUGCUGGCUGACUUGGGCAGGGAGCAGGAGGCGGUCUUUGAGACCACAGCGGACUACUACGCCAAGGAAGUGCAUCGCUUUGCCUCACAGCGACCCAUAGACGAGUCCACUUACAAAAUCUACAACUUCAACAUCUCGCUGAACCUCAGCAGUGUCGCGGACCUGCACCGGGCUGAGUUCCGACUCUUUCGGGAGGUGAGGUUCGAUGCCUCUGUGGAGCAGCAGCGGGUGGAGCUCUAUCAGAUCCAUUCCAAUGACAGCAUCUACCUGGACAACCGACUACUGAGAACCAAGGGGACCGACGAACGGAUCUCAUUUGAUGUGACCGAGACUGUGAGACAAUGGGUCUUGAACAAAGUUCGCGAGCAACAUCUGAAGAUCACCGUACACUGCCCCUGUGAUGUCGAUGUUCCCAAAGACAAAAAAAACCUUCAGCUAAAGUUUUUCGGGAAAGCGAGGGGGGACAUGGGUACUCUCUCGGCGAUGAGUCCGAAAUGGCCACACAUUCUCAUCAUGUCCACCCCGUCUGCCAGAGCCGCGAUGCACAGUCGUAGGAAACGGGACAUCAGCGAGGGAUCCUGCUUAGCCCAGUCCUCUGAGGAGCAGGCGUGCUGCGUUCAGCCCAUGUACAUCAACUUCCGCAAGGACCUGGGGUGGAAGUGGAUUCACGAACCCAAAGGAUAUCACGCCAACUUCUGCAUGGGACCCUGUCCAUACAUCUGGAGUACAGACACUCAGCAUGCUGUGGUGUUGGGUUUGUACAACAUGCACAACCCUGGUGCAUCGGCGUCUCCGUGCUGCGUGCCGCAGCUGCUGGAGCCACUGACCAUCCUGUACUACGUGGGUCGACAGGCCAAAGUGGAGCAGCUGUCCAACAUGGUGGUGAAGACAUGCAAGUGUAGCUGAAGGGCCGGUGUGACAGGACCAGGGCCCCGAAUGCCAGCCUGGCCACGUCCCCACCCAGCGAUGAGCCGGACAGCCCACGGGCGACUGGCAACGGCGCAACUCGGCGCACGGUGACCAACUGUGCCAAACUGGAGCCCCCUCUUCCCCCCACCUCGUUGGGCGUGGGUGGGGGGGGGUAAAGACCACUACUUUAAGAGUCUCCGAACAGCCCAACUCCCACCUGUACAGUUUUAGCCCCACACAGAUGGCCAGCUCGGGAGCACUGCUGUAGGCUAAGUCUAGUCUUAUUCAUAUUUUUUUAACUUGCAGAGAUUCUUAUAAUUUAUAAAUCAAGAGCUGUAUAUAAAAUGGUUGAUUUUUGGAGCCUGUCUUUAACAUAGUCCCAUGGGUCUGGGCGGCAGCUGGUGGAACCACUGCCUCACGGUGCCAGAGACCCGGGUUCGAUCCUGCCCUGGGGUGUGUGUGUGUGUGUGUGUGUGUGUGUGUGUGCGUGUGUGUGUGCGUGUGUGCG